UAGUUUAGGUUAGGUAUAUAAGUGAAAUAUAGAAAGCAGCUGUAACAUAAAAAUAUUAAUUUAAAAUAAUUGAACAAAGUAAAUUAUUUUAUGAAUAUGCACAAAAACAACAAAUUCUUCCUUUACGCCGCUGGAAUAUUCCUGUCAUAUUUUUAUUUUGGAAUAGUACAAGAAAAAAUCACAAGAGGAAAGUAUCCAUAUGAACUGACUAAGGAAGAUGGUACAAAAGUUAUAGAAAACGAAAAAUAUACAUAUGCGGUUACUUUAGUUCUAGUGCAAUGUAUAAUAAAUUAUUUAAUAGCUACAAUAGCUUCUACUAUGUGGCCUCAAGGAGAAGAUACCACUCGUAAGUUGUAUUAUGCAAGUAUGUCAUUCACAUAUUUAUUAGCUAUGAUCUGCUCAAAUAUGGCACUACAAUGGGUGCCAUACCCCACUCAAGUAAUUGGAAAAUCUGCUAAACCUAUCCCUGUCAUGAUAUUGGGAGUUUUAAUUGGGAGAAAGACUUAUACUGUAAAGAAAUACAUUUUUGUGUUUAUGAUAGUUUUCGGCAUUGUGCUGUUUAUGUUAAAGGAUAAUGUUAAAUCACAAUCUGAUGAGGCUUCUACAGGUAUAGGAGAAUUACUGAUAGUACUAUCUCUAAUAUUGGAUGGUCUUGUAGGAGCUAUACAGGAUAGAAUUCGAGCUGAAUCUAAACCUACAGGAAUUCAGAUGAUGCAAGUAGCCAAUGCUUGGUCCACAUUGUUCUUGACUGUGGCCAUUGUAGUAUCAAAAGAAUAUUUAUGGUUCUAUGAGUUUGCUUGCAGACACCCAUCUGUAGUUUACAAUCUUCUAAUGCUAGGUAUUACUUCUGCUGUAGGACAACUGUUUCUCUAUUCAAUGGUAUCCGAAUUUGGACCUCUUGUAGUAUCAGUAGUCACAACAACCAGAAAAUUCUUCACUGUUUUGGGUUCCGUCCUGAUUUUCGGCAAUCCCAUAUCUAGUAGACAAUGGAUAGGUGCUGUGAUAGUAUUUACUGCACUCUUUUUAGACGCCUUUUACUCCAAAGGUGCCGCAAAGAAAAAAUAACCUUCAAAUAAAUCAUUCCUAGUUCCUAGGCAAUUUUA